AUGGCUUCUCCGGGUGGGACUUCUUCCGGAUCGAGUCUGCUCCAAACCUCCGUCUCCGAUGAGGAUCUGCAGGCGGCGGCGAUGGAGCAGAAGAAGCGGAAGCGAAUGAUGUCGAACCGCGAAUCGGCGAGGCGGUCGAGGAUGCGCAAGCAGAAGCACUUGGACGAUCUGACGGCGGAGGCGAACCAGCUGAGGAAGGAGAACGGCCGACUCCUUACUUCCGUGAUCUUCACCACGCAGCAGCACGUCGCCGUCGAAGCAGAGAACUCUGUUCUGAGGACUCGGAUGGUGGAGCUCACCGACCGGCUGCAGUCUCUCGAUGAGAUCCUUUUCUGCUUUCAGCGAUCGCCAUCAGAUCCAUGGAGCUUCGGCUUCGUUAACCAGUCCGUCAUGGCUUCAGCCGACAACUUGUUUCAGUAUCGACAGCUGAGAAUCCAGAACGAAGUACUAAUGGCUACAAAGACGGCAUCAUCAAGCAUUCAUUGUUUGCUUGAGCUCGAAACAGUGAGGACAAAAGGGUGUGCGCAUCUCGAUCACUGA